AUGUCAGGAGGUAUCCGCACAGUCGUUGUCAUCGGAUGCGGCGUGAUUGGGAUGAGCUGGGCAGUCUUAUUUCUCUCUCACGGGCUCAAGGUCAUCAUCACAGAUCCUGCAGAUGGUGCUGAAGAACGCUUCGGGCAAUAUCUACAAGGCGCCUGGUGUCUUAUAGCAGCGCCGGAGAAGUUCAACACGCUUGCAAAGAACUACGAAUUUGUCCAGGAUGUAAUUCCGAGAUUGGUGGAAGCAGACUUUGUACAAGAGGUAAGAUCAUCCAAGAUAAGUUCUUGUGCCAUGUUUGACCUUGAGAACCACAUUACUGAUUGUGGUGCCCACAUANNGAAUGGACCCGAGCGUGUAGAGUGGAAAAGCAAUUUCUUUCAAAUUCUUGAUAAGCACACUAGAAAGAGUGUAGUGAUUGCUUCAUCUUCCUCAGGCCUACCAUCUUCCCAAUUCAUUGGGCAGUGCCAGACCGAUCCCAGUCGGGUACUCAUUGGACAUCCUUUCAACCCUCCACACCUCAUACCUCUAGUUGAAGUUGUACCCCAUCCAGGUACCAGCCAUCAUAAUAUUCAGACUGCAUUGAACUUCUAUAGAUUCCUCGGCAAGAGACCCAUCCUUCUUCACCGGGAGAUUCCUGGCUUUGUAUCGAACCGUCUCCAAGCAGCCAUCAACAAUGAAGCCUACAGCCUCAUCAGCCGUGGCAUUGUCUCAGCGGAAGACUUGGACGCGGCUGUCACAUCAGGUCCUGGGCUUCGAUGGGCGCUCACGGGUCCCGUUGCCACCAAUGCUUUGGGAGGUGGAGGAGGUUCUGAGGGAUUCGGUAACCGCAUUGAACGUCUUGGUCCAGCUAUCAGAGGUUGGGAGGAAGAUAUGCUGGAGCAUCGGUUCGACUGGAGUCAAGGAAGUCUCGCCACGCUGCAAGAUCAGGCUAAGAAGUCUCUAGAACAUGUGAAUUGGUCGAGGAUGGUAGCAGGAAGAGAUGCUGUGCUUCUCAAACUAUUAGCGGCCAAGUCGGAUGCUCCAGCGAUGGCAUGA